UAAAUCAUUUCAUAGCAGUUAAGUUUUAUUGAUCAGUGACCAUGUGCUUUAUGCAGACUGUCUCAUUUUAAUCCCCAAGCAUCUGUGUGAAGGCAGGGUUAUUCCCCCAUCUUCCAGAUGAGGAAACUGAGGCCCAGGCAGUUAAGUCACUGGCCCAAGAUUUGCUGUACCAGUCAAUGCUGGAGCUGACAUUGUCCCAAGCCGUCUGGCUCAGGGCCCUCCCUAAACUUCUGUGCGGUCCUGACUCCCGGGAAACCACUCCAGAACUCUUGAUGAUGCGUACGUUAAUUGGGAAAACAAUCCGUGUGCCUUCCCCUCAAGGAACAUGGUGGUGGCUUUGAAGGAACUGUCCAUCCGGGGUGACUUCAGGACCACCGUGGAAUAUCUCACCAAUCUCCUGGAGACCGAGAGCUUCCAGAACAACGACAUUGACACCAGCUGGUUGGAUAAUCUCAUCGCCGAGAAAGUGCAGGCCGAGAAGCCGGAUAUCAUGCUCGGGGUGGUGUGCGGAGCCUUGAACGUGGCCGACUCGAUGUUCAGGACCUGCAUGACAGAUUUCUUACACUCGCUGGAAAGGGGCCAGGUCCUCCCCGCAGACUCUCUGCUGAACAUUGUGGAUGUAGAAUUAAUCUAUGGAGGCGUUAAGUACAUCCUCAAGGUGGCCCGGCAGUCUCCAACCAUGUUCGUCCUGAUCAUGAAUGGCUGUCACAUCGAGAUCGACGCCCACCGGCUGAACGACGGGGGGCUGCUGCUGUCCUACAGUGGCAGCAGCUACACCACGUACCUGAAGGAGGAGGUCGACAGUUACCGAAUCACCAUCGGCAACAAGACGUGUGUGUUUGAGAAGGAGAAUGAUCCCACGGUCCUGAGAGCCCCUUCGGCGGGGAAGCUGAUACAGUACUUGGUGGAGGACGGGGGCCACAUCGAGGCUGGGGGCAGCUAUGCUGAGAUAGAGGUGAUGAAGAUGAUCACGACCCUGAAUGUGCAGGAGAGUGGCCGGGUGAAGUAUGUCAAGCGCCCAGGGGCUGUGUUGGAAGCAGGCUGUGUGGUGGCCAGGCUGGAGCUCGACGACCCUUCUAAAGUGCACCCGGCUGAGCCAUUCACGGGAGAGCUCCCCUCCCAACCAACGCUGCCCAUCCUCGGAGAGAAACUGCACCAGGUUUUUCACGGUGUCCUGGAAAAUCUGAGGAACAUCAUGAAGGGCUACUGUCUGCCGGAGCCUAUUUUUAGCAUCAAGCUGAAGGACUGGGUGCAGAAGCUCCUGGUGACCAUCCGGCACCCAACGCUGCCACUGCUGGAUCUGCAGGAGAUCAUGACCAGCGUGUCGGGCCGCAUCCCCGCCCCCGUGGAGAAGGCUGUCCGCAGGGUGAUGGCCCAGUACGCCAGCAACAUCACCUCGGUGCUGUGCCAGUUCCCCAGCCAGCAGAUAGCCACCAUCCUGGACUGCCAUGCGGCUACCCUGCAGCGGAAGGCCGAUCGGGAGGUCUUCUUCAUGAACACCCAGAGCAUUGUGCAGCUGGUCCAGAAAUACCGCAGUGGGACCCGGGGCUACAUGAAGGCGGUGGUGUUGGAUCUCCUGCGAAGAUAUUUACUGGUUGAGCACCAUUUCCAACAAGCCCACUACGACAAGUGUGUGAUAAACCUCAGGGAGCAGCUGAAACCAGACAUGUCCCAGGUGUGGGACUGCAUCUUCUCCCAUGCGCAGGUGGCCAAGAAGAACCAGCUGGUGAUCAUGUUGAUCGAUGAGCUCUGUGGCCCAGACCCUUCCCUGUCAGAUGAGCUGACCUCCAUCCUCAGCGAGCUCACUCAGCUGAGCAAAAGCAAGCACUGCAAGGUGGCCCUCAGAGCCAGGCAGGUCCUGAUUGCCUCCCACCUCCCCUCCUAUGAGCUGAGGCACAACCAGGUGGAGUCCAUUUUCCUGUCUGCCAUCGACAUGUAUGGCCACCAGUUCUGCCCGGAAAACCUCAAGAAAUUAAUACUCUCAGAAACGACCAUAUUUGACGUCCUGCCCACUUUCUUCUAUCAUACUAACAAAGUCGUCUGCAUGGCAUCCUUGGAGGUUUAUGUGCGGAGGGGCUACAUCGCCUAUGAGUUAACCAGCCUGCAGCACCGGCAGCUCCCGGACGGCACCUGUGUGGUGGAAUUCCAGUUCAUGCUGCCCUCCUCCCACCCAAACCGGAUGGCCGUACCCAUCAGCAUCACCAACCCUGAACUGCUGAGGCACAGCACGGAGCUCUUCAUGGACAGUGGCUUCUCCCCCAAGUCCCAGCGGAUGGGGGCCAUGGUUGCCUUCCAGAGAUUUGAGGAUUUCACCAGGAACUUUGAUGAGGUCAUUUCCUGCUUUGCCAACGUGCCCAAGGACAUCCCUCUCUUCAGCAAGGCCCGUACUUCCCUGUACUCCGAGGAUGACAACAAGAGCCUCCGAGAAGAGCCGAUCCACAUCCUGAACGUGGCCCUCCAGUAUGCAGACUACCUGGAGGAUGAGAAGCUGGUGCCUAUUUUCCGAACAUUCGUUCAGUCCAAGAAAAACAUCCUUGUGGAGUAUGGACUCCGAAGAAUUACAUUCCUGAUUGCUCAAGAGAAAGAAUUUCCCAAGUUUUUCACAUUCAGAGCAAGAGACGAGUUUGCAGAAGAUCGCAUUUACCGUCACUUGGAGCCGGCCCUGGCCUUCCAGCUGGAGCUCAGCCGGUUGCGUAACUUUGACAUAACUGCCAUGCCCUGCGCCAACCACAAGAUGCAUCUGUACCUGGGCGCUGCCAGAGUGAAAGAGGGCGCCGAGGUCACGGACCACAGGUUCUUCAUCCGCGUCAUCAUCAGGCAUUCAGACCUGAUCACCAAGGAAGCCUCCUUCGAGUACCUGCAGAACGAAGGCGAGCGGCUGCUUCUGGAGGCCAUGGACGAGCUGGAGGUGGCGUUUAACAACACCAGCGUGCGCACAGACUGCAAUCACAUCUUCCUCAACUUCGUGCCCACCGUCAUCAUGGACCCCUCCAAGAUUGAGGAGUCAGUGCGGUCCAUGGUGAUGCGCUACGGCAGCCGGUUGUGGAAACUCCGCGUGCUCCAGGCUGAGGUCAAGAUCAACAUCCGCCAGACCACCACCGACCGCGCCGUUCCCAUCCGCCUGUUCAUCACCAACGAGUCAGGCUACUACCUGGACAUCAGCCUCUACAAAGAAGUGACCGACCCCAGAUCUGGAAACAUCAUGUUUCACUCCUUCGGCAACAAACAAGGGCCCCAGCACGGGAUGCUGAUCAAUACUCCCUACGUCACCAAGGAUCUGCUUCAGGCCAAGCGAUUCCAGGCCCAGUCCCUGGGUACCACCUAUGUGUAUGACUUCCCGGAAAUGUUCAGGCAGGCUCUUUUUAAAAUGUGGGGCUCCCCGGACAAGUACCCCAAAGACAUCCUGACAUACGCCGAACUAGUGCUGGACCCGCAGGGCCAGCUGGUGGAGAUGAACCGACUUCCUGGAGGAAAUGAGGUGGGCAUGGUGGCCUUCAAAAUGAGGUUUAAGACCCUUGAGUACCCAGAAGGGCGCGACGUCAUCCUCAUCAGCAAUGACAUCACCUUCCGGAUAGGAUCCUUUGGCCUUGGAGAAGACCUUCUGUACCUGCGGGCGUCCGAGAUGGCCCGGGCAGAGGGCAUCCCCAAAAUCUACCUCGCUGCCAACAGUGGGGCCCGUAUCGGCCUUGCGGAGGAGAUCAAACACAUGUUCCAGGUGGCUUGGGUGGACCCGGAAGACCCCCACAAGGGAAUUAAAUACCUGUACCUGACUCCCCAAGACUACACCACAAUCAGCUCCCUGAACUCCGUCCAUUGUAAACACAUCGAGGAAGAAGGAGAAUCCAGGUAUGUCAUCACGGAUAUCAUUGGGAAGGAGGAUGGCCUGGGCGUAGAGAAUCUGAGGGGCUCAGGCAUGAUUGCUGGGGAGACCUCCCUGGAUUAUGAUGAGAUUGUCACCAUCAGCUUGGUGACCUGCCGAGCCCUUGGGAUCGGGGCCUACCUGGUGAGGCUGGGCCAGCGAGUGAUCCAGGUGGAGAAUUCCCACAUCAUCCUGACAGGGGCAAUGGCUCUCAACAAGGUCCUGGGCAGAGAGGUUUACACAUCCAACAACCAGCUGGGCGGCGUGCAGAUCAUGCAUUACAAUGGUGUCUCCCAUGUCACCGUGCCGGAUGACUUCGAGGGUGUUUGUACCAUCCUGGAGUGGCUGUCCUAUAUGCCAAAGGAUAAUCGCAGCCCAGUCCCAAUCAUCACACCCACUGACCCCAUUGACAGAGAGAUUGAAUUCCAACCAUCUCGCGCGCCCUAUGACCCCCGGUGGUUGCUUGCAGGAAGGCCUCACCCAACCCUGAAGGGAUCCUGGCAGAGUGGAUUCUUCGACCAGGGCAGUUUCAAGGAAAUCAUGGUGCCCUGGGCCCAGACCGUGGUGACGGGACGAGCAAGGCUUGGGGGGAUCCCCGUCGGAGUGAUCGCUGCAGAGACACGGACAGUGGAGUUGGCUGUGCCCGCAGACCCUGCCAACCUGGAUUCCGAGGCCAAGAUAAUCCAGCAGGCAGGCCAGGUGUGGUUCCCAGACUCGGCCUACAAGACAGCCCAGGCCAUCCAGGAUUUCAACCGGGAGAAGUUGCCCCUCAUGAUCUUUGCCAACUGGAGGGGGUUCUCCGGUGGCAUGAAAGACAUGUACGACCAGGUGCUGAAGUUUGGAGCCUACAUCGUGGAUGGCCUCCGGAAGUACAAACAGCCCAUCCUGAUCUACAUCCCGCCCUGCGCGGAGCUCCGGGGAGGCUCCUGGGCAGUCAUGGACACCUCCAUCAACCCGCUGUGCAUAGAAAUAUACGCGGACAGAGAGAGCAGAGCGAGUGUUCUGGAGCCAGAGGGAACAGUGGAGAUUAAGUACCGGAAGAAAGAUCUGGUAAAGACCAUGAGAAGAAUCGACCCAAUUUACAAGAAGCUCAUGGAACAGCUAGGAACGUCUGAGCUCUCCGACAAGGACCGCAAGGAGCUGGAGGGCCAGCUGAAGGCCCGGGAGGACCUGCUGCUGCCCAUCUACCACCAGGUGGCGGUGCAGUUCGCCGACCUCCACGACAAGCCCAGCAGGAUGCUGGAGAAGGGUGCCAUCUCUGACAUCCUGGAUUGGAAGACCGCCCGCACCUUCCUGUACUGGCGCCUGCGCCGCCUGCUGCUGGAGGACCAGGUCAAGCAGGAGGUCCUGCAGGCCUGCAGCAAGCUCAGCCACGUGCAUGUCCAGUCCAUGCUGCGCCGCUGGUUCAUGGAGAUGGAGGGGGCCGUCAAGGCCUACCUAUGGGACAACAACCAGACGGCGGUGCAGUGGCUGGAGCAGCAUUGGCAGGCGGGGGCGGGGCUGCGCUCCACCAUCCGCGAGAACAUAGAGUACUUGAAGCGGGACUCUGUCCUCAAGACCAUCCGAGGCCUGGUUCAAGAAAACCCCGAGGUGGCCGUGGACUCCCUGGUGUACAUAUGCCAGCACCUCAGCCCGGCCGAGCGGGCCCAGAUCAUUCACCUCCUGUCCACCAUGGACAGCCCGGCCUCCACCUGACCCCGGUCCUGCCGGUCACUUGCAGGUCCACGGGCAAGAGAAACCACACUGAUCUGCUGACUGCAGGCCCUCGCCUGCACCUUGGGAGUUUGCUUUUUACAAUUGCUGCAAGGCUGCUGACCCCCGAGUCACUCCUGUUUCAAUAAAAGGCUCAGAAGUGGCCCCUUCCAAGCAGAAAUCACCUCCUCUCCAUUGUUGGGAAGUCUGUUUUUUGUCUCUUAAGACAUUUUGCUGCGUCACUGAAUUGAGUUGAACCCAAACACCCCAGUUUCCAGCUACUUUCUGGUGCCUGCUUUGUGGGAUACAGGUGUUCUUUUUAGGCUCAUUUUAUAUCAGAGCAUGGAAUCUUAUUAUUAUUAUUUUUACUCUGAGACCAGCUCAUGAUGUAAGCAUCUCAUAGCAGCAUAACAAAGAAAGAAAAAUAGAGACAAGACAAGAGAAAACCUAUUUUUGUAAUGAUGCUUAUUCGGAUCCUGGUGAGUCACCCAGGAAAGGGUAUGAAUGAUUUUUUAUUAAGAGUGUAAGAUGGUAUUUUGUUCCCCACGUGGCCCCUAGUAGUGAAUCACUAGCAACGUCCCGUUACCAGGCUUAGUUCUCUCAUUAGCAGAGAAUUGCAUAGCCGUAGGUUCAAGGGCAUUGGGAGACUUCUUUUAUGUGAUUCACAGCCCUCUGCCUGCCCCUUCCCUCCGAGGAGGAGAGGACGAGCCCUCCCAUGUCCCUGAGGGUGCAUGAAGAGGCAUGCAUCCUCCAGCCCAGGUUGGGAGGACAAAGAAGAGAAGGAAAGCCUUCUCCAACCUCGCAGCCCAGCU